GCGGAUUUCAAACUGGACCUUUGCCAAGACGAGCUGGCGAUGGCGAUUUUGUCGGGGGACAAGGAGGCCGCUAUCCCGAAUGUUUGCAAGCAAAACAAGAUCGUCCGGCGGUGGUGCAGCAGUGGUUUAUCUGCGAACAAAGACCAGAAGAUCGGGCCGAUCGCGUACUACUUGAUGCAGAAGAUGAAGC